UUGUUUUUUCUGGUUUUUUGUUUCGGUCCGGGUCGGGUUUUGGUUCGGGGGCCUCCAGAGAUGCCGACUGCGAUUCGGGCACCCGGCGCGUGCGUGUACGGGGCAUCGGGGCCGCGGGCGAGGACGGAGGGCCUAGGGAUCGCGAGCUGCCGCCCCGGGCCGAGCGCCGCGCGGUUCGGGCGGGGGUCGCGUCUCCGGCUCGGCGGGAGGCCGGUUCCCCUGGCGCCGGUUGGAGCGAUGGAGCCGCCGACGCAGAGCAGGGCGGCUUACGUGAACAGCAAAGCUGAUGGCGCUGAAGGUGAAAAUCUCCACCAGAUAUCUACUGUUGGAAACUCAACAAACAUCAAGUGGCACAGUUGUUCGGUUGAUAAACUUGACAGGCAGGAGUUGCUUCAGCAAAAGGGCUGUGUCAUAUGGAUCACAGGGCUCAGUGGUUCAGGGAAGAGCACACUAGCUUGUGCUUUAAGUCGGGGCCUGCAUUCAAGAGGAAAGCUGACCUAUAUCCUCGAUGGUGACAAUGUUCGUCAUGGUUUGAACAGUGAUCUGAGUUUUAGGGCAGAAGAUCGUGCGGAAAACAUUCGAAGGAUUGGCGAAGUAGCCAAGCUCUUUGCAGAUGCAGGGGUGAUUUGCAUUGCUAGUCUGAUAUCCCCAUAUAGAAAAGAUAGGUCAGCUUGCCGUGCCAUGCUGCCAGAAGGUGAUUUCGUUGAGGUCUUCAUGGAUGUGCCACUCCAAGUUUGUGAGUCAAGGGAUCCCAAGGGUUUGUACAAGCUAGCACGAGCUGGAAAAAUUAAAGGUUUUACAGGAAUUGAUGAUCCAUACGAACCUCCACUAGAUUGUGAGAUAGUGUUGCAACAGAAGGGAUCCGAAUGUGCUUCCCCUUAUGAGAUGGCUGAAGAAGUCAUCUGCUUCCUGGAGGGGAAAGGGUACCUCAGGGCCUAGUGCGGCGAAGUGGCCCUGGGCUUCUCUCGUCCGAAGCCUUUCUACUGCUAAUACCCUUCGUGCCGCUGAAACUGGCGACCCAGCCUCUUGCAUUAAGGAAACUCCUCGUUUCCAGUGUGGAUUUGUUCCGGUCGUAGAUUAAGUGUUGAUUAAUUUAUUAAGUUGUUCAUUGUUGUUGUAGCUUAGAAAAUUCAGGCUGCGAUAAAUAAUAAUGGAACGGUUGGUCUGGGGCUGGGUUGCAUAUGAGAGGAAUGUGUAUUAUAAUGACAAAUGAUUGUCUUCAUUGCUUCUAUUAGUUAUUAACUUUAUUGUGGAAUAAAAACUUUGUCAUGUUUCGAA